UCCCAUGCUGCAACUCUUUCACCUAUCUUCCAAACCCAACCUUUUCUCUUCUCUUCUUCAUGUAAAUUUCUUCACUUUUGGAUUUGAAGAGAUUGACAGGCAGAGGUGAGGUGAAAUGAAGAAGGCAUUUAGAUCGCAAAAAUACCAUGGCGAUUAUAAGAGCUUGGAUGCUGCAAUUGUUAAGGCCACAAGCUUUGAUCAUUCAUUGCCAAAGGAAAAACACAUUCGAUAUAUUUUCCAGUCACUUUCUCCGUCAAAGCCUCGCAGCGAGGUUGCUUAUUGUAUACAUACUCUUGCAAGGCGUCUCAAGCAAACUACCAAUUGGGCUGUUGUUUUGAAAACACUUAUCAUCAUACAUCGCGCGAUGAGAGAACUGGACAAUACAGUUUGGGAAGAGCUUGUUAACUAUAGUACCGGACGAGGCCAUUUGAUUGAUCUAUCACACUUUCAUGAUUCCUCAAUGCCAAAUGCCUUGGAUUAUUCGGCUUGGAUACGGAACUAUGGUCUUUACCUCGGAGAGCGCCUGCAAUGUUUUCUCAUAAUCAACCAUGACGUCGCAACGUAUAGCUCAAAAUCUUCGGAAAAGCUUGACACAAAGGAAUUGAUGGAGCAAUUGCCAGCCCUACAAAGUCUUCUCUUUCGGCUACUUGAUUCCAAGCCAGGGGGCGCAUCUGCUUUUAAUCGCUUGAUUCAGUAUGCUCUUUCGAUGAUUGCUGGUGAAAGCGUCAAGAUAUACGUUGCAAUAACGGUUAGAGUGGUGGAAUUACUUGACAAGUUUUUUGAGAUGAACCGUGAUGAUGCGGUUAGUGCGUUAAAGAUUUAUAGAAAAUCGGGAAGUCAGGCAGAGAGGUUAUCUGAGUUCUUUGUCACCUGCAGGGGCCUAGAUUUUGGAAGAGGACAGAAAUUCGUCAAUAUUAAACAGCCUCCUGCAUCCUUUAUAGCGACCAUGGAAGAAUAUAUCAAAGAGGCUCCCAAUACGUUAAUGCUCGAGUACGACGUGAAUGACAAAGAGGAAGGAGGUACUGGUAAUGAUGUAGGCGAUUUGAUGAGUCUAGACGAGUCAAAUCCUUCUCCGGCGGAAGGGAAUGAGGCUACUGCACCAACACAGGCAGCUGAUCUUAUGGGUUUGUAUGACUUACUAACAGGUGCAUCUGAAUAUGAUGAAAAUCCCCUUGCAUUGGCGAUUGUUCCAACUGAAAAUUCUGUAAGUUCCAGCAAUGAUGAGAAUGAAGCCAGUCCUAGUCCUGUAACAGGUUGGGAGGUUGCACUCUUUACAGAUCAACAAGAGAGCUGUGACCAAAAUAUAGUUGCAGAGAAUAUAGAGGGUGAAGAACCAGGCGUGUUAAAACUUGACAGUUUAUAUGAUGAAGCUGUUGCUGCGGUGCAACAUGAUGGAGGUUACGAGAUAGGCCAAGUGAAUUCGAACCCUUUUGAUUAUCAGGCUAUUCAUGGUCCUACACAAUACAACAUGGCAUUGGCGCCUCCAAAUGGUUUCUAUGUUAAUCACAAUAUUCCAGGCCAAUUUGAAAGCAUGCAACCAUACCAAGUUUCUUAUAAUACACCUCAGCAGCAGCAACAGGAGGAGGAACCAUACCAAAUGGUUAAAAAAUCGACGAAUCCGUUCGACGAACCUAAUAUUUUGCCACCGCCUUCCACCUCGAGCGUGCAUCAACAUCCAACUCAGACUACUUAAUCCGAUUAUAUAAAAGGAGAUACAUGGCCAUUCUCGCCUCGGUAGGAAAAUCCACUGUGAAUUUUAGGAAGUAAGAAAUCGUAGAGGUGAAUUGAGGUGAUAACAAUCACACUAGCAUACGCGGAAGCUAGAAUUAUAUUAAUGCAGUUUUAACAAAGCUACAAAUUGUAGCUUUAGGAAGACAAAUAGGUUAUAACAACUGUGUAUGUGCCACCAUGUGUAGUAGUACAAAUCAAAUCAGAAUUAAUUUUGAUUUGUAAGUAUUUCAGUUAAAUGUAAAAUAUUCAAAAUUAUAGACUAAAAGUAAAAUACAAUGAUUAAUUGAA